AUGUUGAGCGUUUGUCUGCUCGUCGUCGCCGUUUUCGAAUUCCCGCCAACAUUUGCUGAUCUGUGGGCCGAGACCGAACGAAUUUCCGAUCUACAGCAGUGGAGGGCAUUAUGCGGAUACUAUCAGGUCGCCACGGCCUACAUGAAAGACAGUAAUGCAAGGAUUACGGUGUUCGCGCCAGUCGAUGAUGUUUUCACUUAUAAUCCCAAUAUUCGAGCGCUCGAUCAGAAGGAGACUUUAAGUCAUAUUGUUGACUCACAAGUUGUUGAAUUGACGCAAAAUAAGAAAUGGGAGAAGCAGACGCUUAUUCGGUCGACGAUCAACAGCGGAUACAUGUAUGUGACGCAAUUCGAGAACAAUCCUGGCAAUUUUUCAUAUUUUGCCAAUGCGGGAAUGAUGUGCAAUCACGCAUCGAAUCAGUGGGGAAUCAUUUCCGGUGAGCAAUAUUUGUUCAAGAUUUGCACCCCGAUUGGUCAUCGACCAUACCCUGGUACAGCUCUCAGCUUCAUUCGAGAGCAUGACAAUACAGUUUUCGAGGAGCGGCAAUAUAAUAAUCGAGAUUUAUCACAAAUUCGCGAUAUUCUUGAUCGCGUGCCAGAUAUUGCUCUUGUGAUCUACGGAUCAUCAGCCUGGAAUGGUUUCCACACGUUUUUCAUUCCAAACGAUCAAGCUUUUGCAAGGGUAGUUGAUCGUAAUCGCAUAGAUCGUGAAGUUCUUCUAGCCCAUGUGACCAGUACAAACAGAGUUCUUUUCACAUGGCCUUGGCUCUAUGACGGCGGCCAGCAUUAUUACCCUUCAGUUCGUUUCUCUGCAAAUAUCAUUGAAGACAAUUUCAAGCUGAAAUUGGUUAUGCGGAAUAUCACGGAUAGAAGAACUGGAAAAUACGAUUUAUACGCCGUUUCGGAGGUUUAUGAGCGAUAUUCGCAAUUCCGACGCGGUGCGGUUUGGGCGAAAAUUCUGGUGCCCAAUAUUCCGGUCCAAAACGGUGUUGUUCACAUUAUUGAUAAUGUAUUGGGGAUUGUGUCAGAAACUAUUGACAUGUUGGUGUAUCGCAACGAGAAGUGCACAACAUUGAUGAGAUAUAUCAACACGAUCGGUCAAAUCGUCCGAAAUUAUUUUUCCGCUACCGGCGGUCUCGUGACGUUCUUCGCCCCAUGGAACGAAGCGUUUGAUCGAAUUCCGGAACAAAUCGAGCGUCGUCUUCUACGCGAUCGAAUUUGGCUCGAGCAGAUACUCAAAUUGCACAUUGUGCCGGCGAAAGAGUUGACUUCCGAUGAAAUCACCAACGAAACAAUUGUGAAUACGGUAGACAAUAUGCGCCAAUUGUAUUUUAUCAAAGGCGAAUGGCCAACGAACAAUAUCACUUACUAUGUGAUCGGCGGCGGAAUCAAAACAGCGAUAAUGAUGGAGAAUGUGGCGGCGGCGAAUGGAAUUGUGCAUUAUAUUGAAAGAGUUCUUGGUGUUCCGUAUCAGACGCUAUGGGAGAUUAUGAGGAAUGAGACCCGAUUACAAAGCUCAUUCCAAAUGAUGAGCAACUUGCAAUUGAGAUAUGCCAUGGAUCCGUGGCAAGUUUUGACGCCGGAACAGAAUUUUACGUUUUUCGUUCCGGUUAACGAAGCAUGGAAUAAGGUGGCUCCUUCGCUGCUCUCCAGAAUGAACGACGGCAAUCAUUGGCAAGCCUUACAGUACGUAUUCAAGAGGCACGUGCUUCAAGGUCAAGCUCUGAUGUACACCGAUUUACGCGAGCGAACCUAUGUGAUGAUGAACGAUGAGAAAGUGGUGAUCAGACGGCGCGGACGAUAUUUCGAGUUGUAUUGGCCGCGCGGUCAUCGAACCGCCCGUGUCAUCGAAGGCGGCGAAAUCGCCGGAAUCAACGGCUACAUGCACAUGAUUGACAACGUACUCAUCUACGAGCCUGACCUUCGAGCUCAUGCCUGUAGCACGGUGCCUGUGUUCCUCGAGCUCCUCAUCAUGCUCAUUGUGUUGAUGUGGAGGCCCGGCUGGCAUGUGCCGAUAGCGCUAUUCCAUAGAUAA